UAACAGGAAGUACAAGAGAGAGAGAGAGAGAGAGAAUGUGUGCGUGUGUGAGAGAGACAGACACAGAGAGAGUUAUAACUGUUGUCCCUCUUCUAUCCUUAUAUUCAAAAAGCCUUUCCCCCCUCUGUUCUCCAUCUAUCCCUCCGUUCUGAGUAGUCAUGUUGUCCAUAGUGGUGGAACACAUCUUUCUCUUGGUCAUCGUCACUCUCAUUAGCGUCCUGCAGAAUGCUUUCUUUGCAACAAAGGUAGAGAGGGAGGGUAAAGAGCACAACAACAAAACUGCUUUUGAGAGAGUGUCCUGCGCCAAUCGUAACUGUAUGGAUUCAUACCCUACCUUCCUAGCAGUGAUGUGGUGUGCUGGGCUGUGCCUUAACCAAGCUCCGGCUGCCUUCGCAGGGAUCAUCUACCUGGUGGCCAGGCAGAAGUACUUUGUCGGGUACAUGGGUCAGACAUCUCAAAGCACUCCAGGGUACCUGUUUGGGAAACGCGUCCUGGCCUUCCUCAUCCUGAUGUGCAUUGUGGGUAUCUUCAACUUCCUGCUGUUGCGUUACUUCGGCAGCGACUAUAAAGACACCUUGGAAAUGAUCACCAACGCAGCCUCCGCUCUACUCCUCAUUCCCUGAACUACGGCAGUGACAAUAAAGUCUAUGUUUUGUGUCUGUGUGUGCAUGUGUGUAUUUGCACAGUGCAAGGGUAGCAAGUGGGGUGAUGUGAUGGGUGAUUCAAUGGUGUGCAAUUAUCUGCUUCUGUGCUCAAUCAUUUCAUGUUAUAUUUUCUGUAAAAAAAAAUGUUUUAUUUGAGUAUGGGAAAUAAAAACACAAAAGCUA